UUGCUAGCAAAGGUACAAAAUUACCUUUUCAAAGUAGAAGAGGAGGAAGAAGGAUCGAGAGCGGCGGAGAAGAAAAUGGCAUCGAACGCAGCAGCACCAUUCUGGAGAUCAGCAGGGAUGACUUACAUAACCUAUUCAAAUCUCUGUGCUAAUCUUGUUAGGAAUUGCCUGAAGGAACCUUACAAAGCUGAAGCCCUUUCCCGUGAGAGGGUCCAUUACUCCAUCUCCAAAUGGGCUGAUGGCAAACCUCAGAAACCCACCAUCCGCUCUGAUACUCCUGAAAAUUGAGCACGAGGGUGAAUCUUGGAAUUUUCUUUUUGAUGUUCUAUGAAUUUUUGUACUGUCCUUGCACUGUACAGUGCUUGUCUCCUGGACCUAUUCAUCUUCCAAUAACAAGAUAGUAACUAGACUUUGGAUCGAAAACAGCAAUAAUCUCUUGGCUGUAAUGUCUUAAAAGCCAACACUCCUGUGUGAUUCAAAAGAAUUUUAAGCUUUUGUUCUCAAGCCUAACUAGUUAAGGUUCUUCCUU